AUGGCGGCGUCCGGCUCCCCGGGGCCAACUCCGCGUCCCAGCCCCGGAGAAAAAGCCGAGAGACCUCCGCCACCGCUGGCGAGCCACUUGGGCUGGGAGAAGAGGAAAGGAAGUUACCUCCGAGCAGUCCCGUCGGUGGAGGCUGUGCGAGGGGGCAGAGUGGGGAGUCCCGAGCGGCCAAGCAGGUCCCGGCGCGGCGGUAGCUACUGCAGUGCCCUCCGCCCCAUUGUUUCCCUUCCAAGAAGAUCCCGGCGUAGCCGAGCCCGGGAACCAGGAAGUUCCCCGGCUCUACACCUCCUGCCGCCGCUAUGGAAACGGCCCCCGCCUCCCAGGGCGGCCGGCCCGGGACCCCGCCUCCGUGCCGCCGGCCCCGCCCGCCUCACGGGCCACCGCCAACCGUCGCUGCUGCGGCAGCGGCCGCGGCCGCCGCCAUCUUGGCGCGGCCCAAGCGGCCCCUUCCCGGCGGCACGUGCGCGCUGCUCCCGCGCCCCCGCCGUACGCGGGGACGCGCUUCUGGGCUUGGAGCUGCGGGAUCGCGAGGACGCCUCUGACCCCCCGCGCGGUGGCAAGGAGCGAGGACCGAAGACCUAG